CUGCACCACAUCCCCACAACUUAUGUCAGCACACGGUCCAGAAGCAGUACCAGGCAGGUGCCAGCAUCAGCUGUGGACGUAGCUGGCAGGUUCCCACUAGGGAUCGGGGUGUCUGCCCGAGCCCCUCCUUGGAGUAGAAGGGCAUCCUGGAGGCAGUGCUGGUGGUGGACUGUUGCGGACCAGAAGAUCUGAACCCUGUGGAUGACCUUUGUUAUGGUGUCAAAAUUAUUCCACAGGAUGGAAUCUUAAUGUAAAAUAAAUUUUUAAGAGAGACAUUAAGUUUGUAAAGUCCAGCGCUCUAGAAUUAGGAAUGCCAAAAUAAAGGCCACCUGUGCAUCCAAAAUUAAGAUUGCCCCUGGAGUGUAUGCAUUAUGAUAUAGUCUAUAAUUAAAUUAUAUCACAUACUAUAUUUUCUACACGAAUAUUGCCUCACUCACAGAAAUAAGGGAGGAGGAAAAAAAUCAGGGUUGGGUAGUGAAAGAGGCUGUCAUCCAUAGGAUCCUUGUCUCAUUUGUGCCAACAACUGGAAUUUAUAUGAUCAAUAAGGCAGGGAACCGUAUGAAGGAAAAGGAUGGUUUCGUGGUUUAGGCAGCUGAUACUGCCCUGGAAAUCUGGAUUCUAUCUCUGUCUCUGCCAUAGAGAUCCAUUGUGGUAUUGGGCAAGUUGGAUAAAACAGUAUUUCCACAAACGUUCCUAAUUCUCUUGCUUAUCAACUUUAGACACCUGUGUCCUGACUUGCAGAAAUGUCAAGUACUUAAACUGCCACUGUGGUUGGCUAGAUGAGUGAUGAACACAUACUGUGCUAUAAUAUCCUACAUUUUCUGAAAAAUUGGGUCCUAGCAUAAGCACUGAGUACAUGGGGGCCCAAGGGCCCUGACCCUGCUCAGGAAAAGGGUAGGGUAACCACCCAAAAUGGGAACAUCAAGUACUGGUCCUGGGGUGCAUGGCUCUGGGACAGUAUUUGUCCUGGGUUUCCAGUAUCAUGCAGGAAUCUGGGUCUCUGUGGUGGCAUGGAGUUAGUUGUGCUAUGUCCUCUGUAUCAGGGUCCUUGAUUAUGGCAUUUAAUUUUUCUUUGGUCUAAUGGAAGCUGGUUUUGUUACUCUUUAGGUCAAAUAACAAGGCCUGUUUUUCCCUCUAGGAAGUUAGAAAUGAUGUAUGCUGAGGGUUUGGAAUAUUUAUAUAAAACUUACUUCUGCUGUGGUGCGGCUUGUGUGAAUUUUGUCAGGUUACUUAUGCUACUAUCCAAUAAAUCUGUUGAGGUAACUCUGGGGAGCAUUAUACUAUAUAGAAGGUCCUCAGAGCAUGGUAUUGGCAUGUUAAAUUAAACUAAAUUUUAAAAAAUAUAGUUCCUGUGCUCUUAAAUUGGCUUCCAAGAAUGCGGAACUGUAUUGGAUGAGAAACUUGUCUUGAAAAAGAUUUAAACUAUAAAAGGAUUUCAUGGUUGUGAAACAAAGCAGCUAAACAUAAGUAAACUGAUUUGUGUUUUGCUCAUAGGAAAUGGUUUUGAAGUCUUUUUUCAAACUCAUUCAAAUCAAAAUGAAUUUUCACUAGAAAAGUAAAUGGAAUGAGGAGAAAAAUAAGAGAUUUCUACAAUACCUAACAUUUUUUAGUUUUCUUUUCAAAACAACUGAUGUAUUUAUUAUCUGAAGUAAUUAUAUGGCCUUCGGCAUCAUAGUAUUGGAGUGUUCCAUAGUCUUAAAUGUAUUUACAUUAUUGCAAAAUAAGGAAGGGAGGUACUACAGAUGGGUAACUGUGGCCCAGAAAAGCUGAGGUCUCUGGGGAUUGAAUGCUGGUCUUCUAAGUUUAACCCCUGUACAAUCCUCUCUCCUCUGCCCAGUCAUUCCCAGAAAUUCAAAUCCCAACUUGGAACAUUUCAACAUUUGAGAACAAAAGCUUGAGAAAGUUAGAAAAAGUAGAAAAAACAGUAUUUAAGUGAAAAUGCUUUGGUAGUUUUUCACUAUAGCUGGCAUUAAUCCAACUAUCAUGCCUGUUUCAUGAGAUAAAAAUAUAUGCAACUCAAAAUAAAAAAACACCAUUGUUUCUAAAAGAUAUCUUGAGCUCUGAAAGUAUGGCCAAAUUUCCAGUGAUUUUUUUUAGCUCAUGUGGUCAUUACUGAGAGCUCAGAUAAACUCUAUGCUUGCCUUUUAACCAAGCUAACAUGCAGUAACUUGUUAGUAUAAUGCAUUCGGAUAUUAUUUGUUCAAGAUUUUUUUUUCUUGAGGGUCAGAUCUGAUACCCUUAUGUUGAUUUAUACUAAUUGACAAAUAGUCCCAUGGAACUAAAUGGAACAGAACUUGCGGAAUGAGGUGCCAUCCAGAACAAAUAAAGAUAUCAUAUCCUUGCCAAAAGUUCAGAGGCAAAAAAGUAGCACGGAGAAGCACUAAUAGACAGAGGGAAAGAAAAGAACUACAAUUUGUGUAAAUGGCGCUAACAAAGUAUUCUUUUAAGUGGAUUAAACAGAUUAUAGCUCCCUGGUGGCUGAUACUUAUUUUCUCAGUGAAACAGAUUUAUGGGGGCACAUAUGCAUACAUUGGUCCAUGUGAAGGCCGUGAUUGUUCAGUUUGCCAGUGCUUUCCUGAAAAAGGAUCAAGAGGUCGACCUGGUGAAUUAGGGUCUCAGGGUCCAAUUGGGCCUUUGGGGCUUACAGGACCAGUUGGUUUGCCAGGAGAAAAGGGACAGAGAGGUGAGAAUGGGCUGCUUGGGCCAGCUGGAGAAAAAGGUGAUAAGGGCCCCACAGGAGUCCCAGGCUUUCCUGGUUUAGAUGGCCUGCCUGGGUUACUUGGAGUUGGAGGACAUAGGGGCAAACCUGGCUUGGAUGGUUCCAAUGGUUCAAGAGGAGAUCCAGGAUUUCCAGGGGGGAAAGGAUAUAUUGGACCUAGAGGCCCACCUGGCUAUCCUGGACAAAAAGGAGAAAAAGGAAUGUCUGUUUAUGUUUCACAUUUCAGGAGGGGUGAUCCAGGAGACAGAGGUGAUCCAGGAGCCGCUGGUGUACCUGGAUCUAGGGGUGGAAGGGGAGCAGUGGGCCCACGUGGAUAUCAUGGCCAGCCAGGCUUGCAGGGCGCUCCAGGCCACCCUGGUUUGCCAGGUGAACAGGGAAAUCCAGGCAUUGGAGUUGAUGGACAGAAAGGGGAAUUGGGUGAUGUUGGAUCUCCUGGACCUCCAGGACAGCCACUGUUAGUUGGCCCUCCAGGUGCCAUGCUGAUGAAAGGAGAAAAGGGUCAAAAGGGAAUGACUGGAGUGAUAGGACCUAAUGGAUUGCGGGGACCAAAAGGUGCACCUCGAAUUGGGGAAAAAGGAGAGAAAGGAAUUCCUGGAGUCCCUGGAAUAAGGGGUUUUCCUGGUUCUCCUGGAUCUCAAGGUUCUGUAGGAAGAAAGGGAAGAACAGGAUUUCCUGGUGCUCCUGGCCAGGCUGGCUAUUCAGGCAUGAAGGGAGAUCGUGGAGAACAAGGGCCACCAGGCCUGCCUGUUUCUUAUGGAACACCACUUUUGCCUGUGAAAGGUCCUCGAGGAGACCCGGGAUUUCCAGGUCCUGAUGGAGAAGUUGGGUCAGAUGGACCAGCUGGUCCUUCCGGCCCACCAGGAAGACCAGGUGAAGAUGGAGCAAGCCUUCCUGGCCUACCAGGAGUGACUGGUGCACAAGGCCAUCCAGGUUUUCAAGGUGACCCUGGUCUCUCUGGAAGAGCUGAAUCAAAUCCAGGAAGACCAGGGGCUCCAGGCACACCAGGGUUACCAGGAGCACCAGGAAGACGUGGUGUGUCUGGAACACCUGGUAGAGUUUGUACUAGCAAUGGGCCCCCUGGAGAAUUGGGAGCAAAAGGCCAAAUGGGAUUUCCAGGUCGAAACGGUGAAAAAGGAGAAAAAGGGAGUGAAGGUCGCUGCUCAUGUGGUCCUGGCCCAGCUGGACCACCUGGAGUACCAGGAGCAUCUGGUGGUCGGGGACAGAAAGGAGAGAUGGGAUAUCCUGGAAGGGGUGGACAGAAGGGUGAUUCAGGCUUGCCUGGUACACGGGGAUCAACAGGACUCCUGGGACUCCAUGGUACCCCUGGAAUGCGUGGGGAGAAAGGAGAAAAGGGUGACCCAGCUAGAAUCAGAACCAAAGGAAAAAAAGGAGAAAAGGGUUUUCCUGGGAUUCCAGGAUUUCCAGGCCAAAAUGGUAGUGCUGGAAGAGAUGGAGAGCGGGGAAUGCCUGGAGAAAAAGGACUUCCGGGUGAUUACAGACCACCACUGCCAGGUGAUAAAGGAUUUCCCGGAACCCCAGGACAUCCUGGUAUGAGAGGACCCCCAGGACUACCAGGCUUGGGAAUUCCUGGCCCAAAGGGAAACAAAGGCAUCUUUGGGGACCCAGGCAGCCCUGCUGUAAUUGGGCCACCUGGUCUAAAGGGUUCAAAAGGUGAUGCACACUGCUCUGUUCCACCAGUUCCUGGAAAUCCAGGGCUCCCAGGUUUUAAAGGUGUUCAAGGACCAAAGGGAGAAAGAGGACCACCUGGUCUCCCUGGGCCAGAUGGCUUUGAUGGACAAAAAGGACAACAAGGCAAAACAGGCAUAGGAAUUCCUGGACCAGGAGGUUUCCAGGGCAAUGCUGGGGAGCCGGGGGGUGAAGGUGAAAAAGGCUUUACUUCAGAUGGAAGCACAGGCUCACCUGGCACUCCUGGAAGAGAUGGUCAGAAAGGGGCUCCAGGUGAUACCAUGUAUGGUCCCCCAGGAAUUCCAGGCAGUAGAGGGUCAGCUGGAUCACCUGGCAUGCAAGGCAUGAGAGGUGAUCCAGGCAGUCGUGGACCACAAGGACAGCCUGGUACACCAGGACUUCCAGGUGCUAAAGGUCGCAGAGGCAAAAAAGGAGAUAUGGGAGCUCUAGGACGGCGAGGCCUACCCGGUGAGCAAUGUGACACAAACUUACCAGGGCCACUGGGACUGCCAGGUCCAAAGGGAUGGCCAGGCCCUCCAGGCUUUCCAGGCUCUAAAGGCCACCGAGGAGACAUGGGUUCACCGGGAUCAGUUGGAAAAAAUGGUAUUCCAGGACCUAAUGGCAUACCUGGGCACUCUGGUCCUCCAGGGUCACAAGGAUCAUCAGGGCUCCCUGGGGAUAAUGGACUGCCUGGUCUCCCAGGACUGAAAGGAAGAAAAGGAAUUCAAGGGCUCCGAGGUUUCCCAGGAUCCCCAGGAAAACAAGGGGAGAUGGGAAUCCCAGGUGAAAAAGGUGAACAAGGAGAAAUGGGUCCACCUGGGCUCCCUGGAGACCCUGGCGAUGGAGGUCAAAAAGGUGAAAAAGGGCCACAAGGAGAUCCUGGUUACAUCAUCAUACACCAUGAGAAAGGACAAAAGGGGGAUCCAGGUCCUCCUGGUGAGCAGGGAUUUCCAGGAGAAAGAGGGGACAAAGGCAGCCCUGGAAUCAGAGGGCUCCCAGGAUUGCCAGGCACAGAUGGACUCCCUGGACCCCCAGGUGAAUCUGGCAUUUGUGGACAGAUAGGUUUACCAGGCCCACGAGGCUACCCAGGGCCACCAGGCACCAGAGGAAUUCCUGGUUUCUCAGGAGCCCCGGGUGAUCAGGGUGAGCAGGGUUUACCAGGAACUCCUGGAAGUCCAGGAUCAGAUGGCAGAAAAGGAUGCAAAGGGAACAGAGGUGACCCAUCCAGUCAACCUGGUCUACCGGGUCCAAAAGGGCCUGUAGGAGAGCCUGGCUUACCAGGUCCCCAUGGAUUCCCAGGUGAGCCAGGUUUUCCUGGUGCCCAAGGGCAAAGUGGAAGACAAGGACCUAAAGGGAUUCCUGGAUACCUAGGAGUACCAGGCUUUCCAGGUGCUGUGGGUGUUCCAGGAUUGCCAGGUGUUCCAGGUGACCAAGGCCUCAUUGGACUCCCAGGACCUGCAGGAUUGCCAGGAUUCUCUGGUUCCAAAGGCAGGAAAGGUAUGUCUGGAUUGCCUGGAUUAGAUGGCUUGAACGGACUGCAAGGGCAAAAGGGUUCACCAGGAGUUCCAGGUCACAGCAAUACAGGGCAUCCAGGAUACCAAGGAGAAGCUGGACCAAAAGGAGACAAAGGUGAAUCUGGACAGCCAGGAAUUUCUCUUCCAGGUCCUCCUGGAGAAACAGGCCUGCUAGGACUGCCAGGUAGAGCAGGAGGUCCUGGGCCUAAAGGACAUGUUGGAAGGGCUCCAGAAAUUGCUCCACGUGGUCUUCCAGGGGAUCGAGGGCCACCUGGCUCCGGCGGUAACAGAGGUCCGCCUGGCAGUGCUGGCCCUCCUGGAGAGAUCAUCUUUGUGAAAGGAGAUCCAGGCAACUUUGGUAUUCCAGGGGCAAGAGGGUUUCCUGGCCAACCAGGCCAACAAGGAGCCAAAGGCUUUCCAGGAAAACAAGGAAGAGAAGGCCUACAUGGUCUCAGAGGAAACCCUGGUCCCCAGGGUCCUCCUGGGCAAGUUGGGCAGCCAGGAGACCAGGGCAUUGAAGGUCAUCCUGGGCCUCCAGGUCCCAAAGGUAUUUUUGAAUUGAUUGUUCCUUGCCAUUCAUUGGUAUUUAUAUUUAAUCUCAUCCUGUGUUCCAAGACCUGUGUUUUUAUAUAUUUUGCCAUUAGUAUGACUAAUAUUACCCUCAUGAGCUAUUUCAGUUCUAAUUCCAUUCCAUUCCUCAUUCUAAUUUACAUGCCUGAAACUCGUUUCCACACUGCAUCACAAUGGCUGCUGUGGUCUGCUUUCCCUGGUUUGAAUGCUUCAGGCUUCAGAGGUGACCCUGGUGAACCAGGAAAAGUUGAAGACAACUUAUGCCCUAAAUUUCCAGGGCCUCCUGGCAGAAUUGGGUCAAAAGGACAUGAAGGGCCUAAAGGAUUACAAGGGCCAAGAGGCUACACUGGAUUCCCAGGGAGAAAAGGGGAAGAAGGGUCACCUGGCUUGACAGGUCAAGAUGGUACCCCAGGUCUGCCUGGUCCUCCAGGUGACCAAGGUGAUGUAGGAGAACAAGGAUACCCUGGACCACAAGGUCCACAUGGCCAAACUGGGAUCCCAGGACCACCAGGGCCUGAAGUUAGAGCUGCAAGUGGAUUCCUGCUUGUCCUUCACAGUCAGUCAGACAGAGAGCCAUUUUGCCCCCAGGGAAUGCCAAAAUUAUGGACUGGCUAUAGUCUGCUAUAUCUGGAAGGACAGGAAAAAGCUCAUAAUCAAGAUCUUGGUCUGGCAGGAUCUUGCCUUCCUUUAUUUAGUACCAUGCCCUUUACCUACUGCAACAUCAACCAAGUUUGUUACUACGCUAGUCGAAAUGAUAAAUCUUACUGGCUCUCAAGUGCUGCUCCUCUACCAAUGAUGCCACUCUCUGAAGAUGAAAUAAAACCAUAUAUUAGCAGAUGUGCUGUAUGUGAGGCCCCAGCUCAAGCUAUAGCACUUCAUAGCCAAGAUCAGUUCAUUCCUCCCUGCCCACAGAACUGGAGAAGUCUUUGGAUAGGAUAUUCCUUUCUAAUGCACACUGGAUCUGGAGACCAGGGAGGUGGACAGUCUCUUAUGUCACCUGGGAGUUGCCUUGAAGACUUCAGAUCAGCACCAUUCAUUGAAUGCCAGGGUCAGCAGGGAACAUGUCAGUUUUUUGCUAAUGAGUACAGUUUCUGGUUAACAACUGUGAGGCCAGAAUUGCAAUUCACAUCUGCUCCUCUGUCACAAACUCUCAAAGAAGGGCAGGAACAGCGGAAAAAAAUUAGUAGAUGUCAGGUCUGCUUGAAGUAUGGCUAACAAACAAAACAGACUUCCUCAGAGAUGAAACAGGUUGUGUUGAAGAUUUAAAUGGUACUUACUUCUGGAUUUCAUUUUCAAGCAUGCAAUUUUGUUUCGUCUGCUAAAAGUUGCAUUGAUGUGUGCAUAUAUCUGCAUAACUAAGGGAUCAAAGGACCAGCAAAAUUAAUUUCUAUUGCACUCUUCACCACUGUAGCAUAUAGGUGACAAAUAAAGCUUGGUCUUGCACUGAAGGCUGAGUGCAGUGGUACAGAAAACCUUGGAAAGCUUUAAAAAUGACUAGUGGAUAUCCUAGUUAGGACUGGCUCUUAGAGCAUAUGUGUACGUGGCACACCGUAAUAAUGCUCUUACAUAAAUAUAUCUGUCUAUGGAGAGAUGUAGAUACAGAUACACACCUACACAAUGCCCUAUAAUCAUUUAAUUUUACUACUUAUACUAUUAAUCCAGACUGAACAUUUAAUUAAUUUACUAAUGAGAAUUCAUAAGAAGUGAAAAGCAAAAAGUUGCCAAAAUAUGCUAAUGUCUGAUUGUUAUGUAAGAAAAUAAAUAACCCCAGAUAAUGAAGGCUUAAAAUGCUGUUUAUUAUCUUUGCAAUUCAUUUCUCAGCACAGUUAAAUUAAAUUGUUAAGCUAUAAUCCAAAUAGCCGGAGACAACAAAACAAAUGUCAACGUUAAUUAAAAAAUAGAAUCCUACACUACCAAGCCUUACAGCAGCAGGACUCUAGAGAUGGUUUUUAUUAAUGGAAAUUAUCUAUUAUUGAAAAGAUCAAGCUAAAGGACUAGCCACUUUUUCAACAAGUGGAAAAUCUACAAGUUAUUUAUCCAGCUAUGAAAGAAUAAAGUAGUACAUGGCUAAAGCCUGUCUUAAGAUCAAAAAAACUACUGAAAAUUGUGAUUACAGAAGAACUGAAAUUCAUCUUGAUGCAGUAGGCCCAUAUCACUGACAUGAGUUAAAUUUUAGAGGGGAGUAAAUUCUAAGAACGUGGAAAAAAAUAGUUUCACAUCAGUAACACUGACUCCUCAUUUCAGAGAAUUUUCAGACUGUUUCCACAGAGCCACGUUAGAAAGUCUGAACUCAGCCAAAACUCCCUCAGAAGUUGGCAAGAAAGCAACAGGGGAACCAGCUACUUUUGAGAGCUGGGCUCAUGGUCUCCAAGUGAGGUCUCAAUAUGGAGGAAAGGCUGUUCUGAUUUUAGCUAGAGAAGAGCAGAGUGGUCACCAGGCAGCUUUCUUUUGUUACAGACCCCCCUAGGCCAGCUUCAUUCUGUUUUAUCCAAGUAUGCAUACAAUGCAGGGGGUCACCUUCUUCAGACAAACCAAAAGUUAGGGCAGGAUAGCACCUUAGAGCAGUGGUUCUCAACCUGUUUAGACUUAUAGCACCUCUACUUCCCUCCAUAACUUACCCAAAUUCAGCAAAACUUCAUUUUUCAGAAGGUUCAUGCAAGGCCACACCAGGAAGUGGCAGGACAAGAUGCCCCUGCAUUAGGUUUAUCAGAUGAAACUAAUGCAGACAGGAAUGCCAGUUCCUGCCACAACUGACUUCUAGUCUGGCCCUGCAUAUACCACCUAGAAGCAGAGGCAAGUAAGGCAGUUUCACCUGGCUGUGGUAGUGGUGGUAAUGGUGCUGUGAAACUCCAGUUGAGAGCCACAGUGUUAGAGACUAACUAGUUGAGAGAGGCAUGAGGUUUUGAAGGAAACAGCCUACCUUGUCAGAUGCUAACGAGUCAAGUGAUGAAGCUGGCUAUCACCUACAGAGUCUUACACCUCUCUGAACAAAGUAGUUUCUAAGGGCAUUUAUACAUGUGCUCUGGGAGAGGCACUUUAAUCAGAGAGGCUCUGAGAGUGUCAUGUGGAUCAACAUCCCCACACUGAAAAAUGGCACUGGGGGUGCUUUAACUAAAGCUUGUUUGACAAACUUUAGUUAAAGCACCCCACUGCCAUUUAUCAGCAUAGGGAUGCUGAUACACGGGAUGCUGGAGUCUGCUGAACUGUGGUACUUACCAUGCUCCAGCAGACUCAAUCAAGUCUGUUCGGACACAUGGUUAUUACAGCACAUCGGAGCAGCCUUGCUAUAUGUUUAUAGGUGCCCUAAGGUGCCAGUCUACCUUGCCUUCUGCCCGACUUCUGACUAACCAUGGCUAACCAUCUCCCUACUUCUCUUACUCUCCUUUUUAUGGCUUCGUGGCUAAAUAGACACUCAAAAAGCCUGAGGCUGAAUCGAUUCAGUCUUUGCAGGUUAGUCUAAGUUGUAGAGAUUUAACUGAGAAACAACUGGACAGACGUUCACUUUUGACUUAGGAAAUGGAGCCACAUACCUGCAGUAGCUCAGGCCAGAAGCCAGGGGCUGCUAGAGCAUGGCUCUUUGGACAUAGCCAGCAUGGGCUGUAUAUUCAUUUCCUCUUCCUGCUGCCCCCAAGGCCUCUGGGAUUCUCAGUCUAGAGUCACAGCAGCAGGACUCUGCAGGGUGCUCAUCACGUCUUCCUGCUUCCAGGUGCAUCUGGGAUUUGUAGUCCACAGUCGCAACCAGCAGUAAGUUUUUAGCAGGGCAGGGUAGGGCAGCUCUGUACUUGGGGGGAAGGGAAAUUAAUGCCUCGUCCUGGCCCCAGAUGUCAGUCAGAGUUUGCCUUGUGGUGGGCAGCCCCUGCUUCCCCCUUCCCUUUCCCCCAACCAUUCUCUGCUGGAGCAGACAGUACAGCCCAGUCCAGGGCUGGAAAGUAUGCUGGGAGACUGUGAUUUUACUUGAACCAAGAAGGGGUCUGGGACAGAAGUUUCAUAAACUGGUUUGACACAAAUCAGUUAAGUCUGAUACUACAUUCAACCAGGUUUAUCUUUUAAAAGUUUCAGCCAUUUUGAAACUGGUUUAUGUGCACUGAACUUGUAUUCUGUUACAGGUUUAAACCAAUUUUGAUGACUUAAACCAGUUUAUGUGCAACUUGUCCCUGGUCAAUGUGUGUAAAAGCUCUCUACCUUCUAAUAGCCUAACAGUCCACAGCUGCCAGCUCACCUCCCAAAUAUGGCAUCUCAUUUUUUGAGUUUCCACCAUUCUGCAUAAACUUGCUGAGCAACUUCAGGUUUUUAUGUCAAAAACCCAUAAAAAGAGUACAUACUUUGGCUGCAUGGUGCUAAAACCAUACUGAGUAUCCAGAGCACUUUUGAAAGUUAGCGAUGCAACUUCUAAACCGGUUUUCAUAGGUACUUGUCAAAAAGCCACAUCAUCAUCUUGCAAAUAAUGACACUGCCUCUAUGCACUAUCGCUUCUUGUUUUAGCUUAUCAUGUCUUUAGAGUAGGGACAGUAUUUUUGUUCUAUUUACUGUGUUGAACACAGUGUGACUGGAGCUCCUAGAAGCUAACAGCAAUAUAAUACCUAAGUAAAGAAUUAUGAAGUACUUGCAUGGAAUCCUCCUCUACUACUGUCACUGAAAAUAUUGCUUAAAUUAAGAAGGUAUUAAAAAAAAAAAGGGGGGGGGGGGGGAUGAUGGAUCAGCAUUAGCCCCAGGAUAAAUGGAAUAUCUUUUUCAGUGUCUUAUAUUUUGUUGUGAAAAAUAUCCUCAAACCAACCCUCAAAACAAAGAUUUUCUGAAAUAUGAAAUAAUUAAGAUAUUACUUUGCCUCUCUCCAAUGUUGUAUUUGAUCAUAUGCCUUUACUUGAGAUAAACGUUGUAUUUUCUUAGUUUUUCAAUGCACUUUUUGCACCUUUUAAAUUGUUUUAUUGUAUUGUAGAAAGAGGCUGUGAAGAAGAAAGAUUUCCUAGCCUGCAUUUGAUACAUAAAUUUAUAGCAAUCCCCUGUUUUAUGCUCAAUCUGAUCUGCAGGACAUAGAUCAUAGAUCAUAAACACCAUAUUAAUUCAAGAGGUUGUGCAUACAUUUCUGUAAGUUGUAGUGGCAUCAUUUUAGUAAACUAAUUUUCUUUGUGUAAACUCAGUGACAUGAGACAUGGACUAAAUGAUCUAGUGAGAGGUACUUUCAUUCUCUCACCGCUUUCUACAGUGUUUGCAGGAAGAGAAUAAUUAGAUAAAUGGCUCAUAUAGGACCUAAUUGUGAAAUUAUGUGAUAAUUAGGCAGGAAACCUUCAGAACUGUAGGAUAGCACAGUUCAGAUGUUUGCAAUGGAUUGGGCUGGAUGGUUGAAAUUCACCUCUUGGUAAAAAAUCCCAUGCUUUUCACAUUUGGCCCAUUAUUAUAGAAGGGAUGUGGGUACCUAGUCUCCUGUACAGGAGUGAGUUUUACCUUAGGAACACUACAGAAAUAAAUCAAUUUUGCAUUAUUUAUUUUGGCUUUCUUCUGGCAAAUUUUGGCAUUAUUUAUACCAAUGUAAAUUUGGAUUGACUUACAGUUUGGAGAGUCUCCCUGGAAUCACCUUAGGAAAAAGUUAGGUCUAUGAAGCAGAUAGUGGUAUUUGUUCUCCUCAGUUAUGGGGAAAUAACAGAAGCAGCUGUCAUGUUCCAGCUCUGUUCCCUUUGUUCCUCCCCUCUUUCCAGUGGGGAACCCCAUGCCUGAGUGUGAACUUACAUCAGGGUUUCAGAAAUAAUGGAAAUAUAGUGCUGUGUAGGCUGAACUCUCACCUGCUCAAGAUAGCAAAAAUCUGUCCAUUUUAGAUGGAUUCCUUUUGAAUUCCCUCUUCUCCAUGGGGAAACAAACCAAAUAUUCGUAUGUCCAGAAAGCUUUCUAAAGGGUCAAGGAAAUGAGUCAAGCAAAGCAUAUUAAUAGAAAUGGCAUCACUAAUUUUAUCAUUACACGGAUGUGUUACAUUGUAAAAAUUCUAAUCUUUGGGUGCUGCUGAGGUACUUAAUAAAAAUGUUGUGCCAUUUGACUUGCAAAGAAACAUUUUGCUACUCACUGUGCAGCUCUCAAUCCGAAAAAACAGACACCAUACAGGAUAAUAGAAAAUACACUUAAGUCCCAGAAACAUUGAAGCAGGAAAGCAUUUUUCUCCCUCUCCAGAGACCAUCAGACAGCUUGUUUGAGAAUGAUUUGGAAUUGGAUUAAGGGGCAGUCACUUGUGAAAGAAGUGUGACACCAUUUACCUUCCAUUACCUUCCACUGGAGAUUCUGAGAUCCAUUCCUUUGAACACACCUUGCAAAAAGGUACUAUGGAACACACCUUACAAAACGUCUAUGAAAAAAUUUACACAGAACGUUUAGUUAAAAAAAUAAGAAAUAAAUCAGAAGACAUAAAACAGUGAAUAAAAUAAUCACUACCGUAGAGUACUUGACCUAAAAAGAUAGUACUGUUAUGUGGCAACUGAGCCUACUAAACCAAUCCAACUUCCGCUGCAGAGUUGAAUUGUCUACUAUAGUCCACAUCAGUAGUAUAACUAAGACAGGGCAACAGGGGAGCAGCUCUGGGUGCCUUGUUGGGGAAAAAUAACUGCUGCUAUAACAGCUGCACAUUCAUGCCAACAGCAUGGGGGGGAACCAGAAGAUUUCACUGUCCCAAUACAUUGUGCUGCCUCAGGCACCAGCUGCCUUGUUACACCUCUGGCCUAUGUAUUCUAACAGAAUUGGGAUAAAUCUUAAGCAGCAGCUGUGGCAACUCAAUGGUACAGGACGGUGCACAGGGAGGUUUUGAUAUCUAUGGGUAAAAACUGUGCUUUUGAGUGUGGCACUGUAGUGCCUAUAAUUUUAAAAACUAGAAGAGAUCACUGGAGUUGUAUCUAUUCAAACCAACUGAAGAGCUGGCCAACUAGCUCUGUGCUAACAAGAGAAAACUAAUCUGAUGGUUCAAACAGCUGUUCUAGAACAUUUUUCUUCAAUUUCAGAUUUGUAUCUGAGCCUCUCUCUUUUCUAGCAGCUUUGUUUGUAAUCUCCAAACUUAAUUAGAGGUCCAGGAUGCAACACUAUUUUAUGAAGCAGGUGGAAGAAAGUAAAAUACAAAAUGUGGGCUUAUUUAAAUCACUUCGGUUUGAGUAUCCUAAGUAAACAGCAUUGCUCAAAUGCAGCUAGACAUGGUACAUAGCCCCCUACCUUUAGAAGUAUCUUAAUGAAAGCCAUACCUUCCUAUCCCUAUUACACUAUAUAAUGUAAAAAAAAAAACCCUAAAAAAAAAGCAUCAGUAACAUAGUAAUUGCUUUUGGUUUUUGCACAUAGCUGGGAUAAAAUGGGAACUCCAAUAAUAGGGGCUCACAGGAUUUUCCAACUCCCGUUCCUAAUGAAAGAAGAAUGCAUUAUGAUUUCUCUGGUAUGGAUAACAGAUGAAAAGAGGAGUUUUGAGUUGGAAUAAAUUAUUUGCUGGGUGUGACAUUAUUUAAACAAUGCUCACAACUAAGUUGCACUACUAGACACUGUAUAAUCUUGUGGGGGAUAUAGCCUUCUGUGUGCUGAUUAUUAAAAUCAUUCAUAUAAAGCUGCUGUGGACACUUUUUGCAUUCUUUUGCAAAUUUCCAUGGUGGAAGCCAGAGAUUUGUUUUCAUUAAGGGCAGCAGAGCUGCUAAAAAUUCCCCACAGGGAGAAAGUAAUAAAAUUCUACAGGGAAUUGAGGAAAUCUGUAAUACAAUGUUUACUCUGAGACAAUCACUGCUUUAUGCAUCAGAACUGAUGCAUACUAUAUUUUAAAACACCAACAUAGAUUAGCACUUUCAAAUGCUUAAAUUUUAUUGUGCUUAACUAUUUAAUGAUGCAUGUAAGAAUGUAAAAUGUGCAAUAAAUGGUACUGACUUUACAUAACCUGUGGUUAUAGAGAAGAGUUGCACCUCUGCAUAUAUAAUGUAUAUGCUUGAUAAAGUGCAGCAACUGAGAUUUAAGUAUUAUAACUACUCUUCAAGAAAUAUGCUUUAUCACUACAACAUUUUUUAAAUGAAAUGUAUCAGUGAUCACUCAUUGUCUGUCUUGGUUUUAUUUAUGUUCUCCAACUUCAAAGUAAGUUUUUACUAUGCUAAAGAAAUAUUGCAAAUCUACACACCUGUAGCAGUAAGAAAAAACAGUAAAUGUGUUAUUGCAAUCAGUACAAGUGUCAGCUCAAAAAGUGACUAUACUAUUACACUGAUGUCCUCUAGUCUAAUAGGUACAUUAAAAUAAACACAUCUAUCAUA